AUGCCUUCGGUCGCUCUCCUAAAACCAACUUUAGACAAUCUCAAGGCCAAUGUCACGCUUACGCAGCCCGUACCUACUCCGCUCUCUCAUCCUGAACUCCUUUCGCCUGGCGACCUGACAAGGGAGGAAGACCUUCUACGCAAUCCUUCUUCGUUUCGUCAUUGGUGGGCAGCAAUCCAAGCAACAAAGGAGACUUGCUCAGCUUUGCAAAAGGCUGCGCCGACAUCUGAUAUUGAACCCGAUGUUGCCGCGCUUCUUGGCCCACUGGCGACUCCUGAAGCUCGCCUUAGUUUCCAACGGUUAACAUACCUUUAUGAAGCUGCUCUAGUGCAAUUCCCUGGUUCUUUCAAACUAUGGAAAUCAUAUCUCCAUCUCCGCAUGUCCUAUGUAUUGGGAAAAUUUGUACAAAAGAAACGAGCUGGUGGUAAGAAGAAACUUCCGGAGAUGAAGGAAGCCUUGGAGGAUGAAAAAGAAGACCUUGAGCAAUGGGAAGGAGGCUUGGAUGGUGUUGUGGGUUAUGAGGAGUGGAAGUCGUUGGUUGCGACCUUCGAAAGAGCUCUUAUGUGGCUACCAAACCUGCCCCGAUUGUGGCUACUGUACCUCUCAAUAUUCUCGCAUCCUAUGUGUCCAGCAGCGUUUUCUCACAGCCAUGCACGACAUACGUAUGAUCGGGCAUUGCGAACCCUACCUCCUUCUUUGCAUCACCGAAUCUGGGUGCGGUAUCUUCUCUGGGCUGAAGCUAAUGGCGGCUUAACAUGUGUUGCUGUGUAUCGCCGGUACCUGGCCGUGGAUCCCAGCGUAACUGAGCGCUAUGUUUCAAUUCUCCUUUCGCCUUCAAAUCCCUCGCCGAGGCCUCUAGAGGCCGCCAAGCUGCUCCUUGCGUUAGCCCGGAAAGCCGCGACGGGCGAGUAUACCAGUCCUGAAGGAAAGAGUCCCUAUCAGCUACUAGGAGAGUGGUUGGAUGUGAUCGAGCAAUAUCCCGAGGAAGUGGGUGUUAGCGUUGAACAAACUGUGACGAAUGAGAAGGAUAAAGAGAAAGCCGCUGCUGAAGCCGCUGAGGCAGAGAAAGCCAGUCAGGAACCAGCAUCUGUGGACGGGCGCCUUAUACGAUUUGCUGGUCCUCCUGUUGCCGUAGGGAAGGACGGUAAAGAAUUGCGCCCUUACGAUGAGGAUGAGGAUCCGACGUCGUCACGAAGGCUCGAUGUAGAGCGGAUAAUUCGUACAGAUGGAUUGGAGGUUUAUAAGGACCAGGCAGGUCGUCUCUGGACAGGCCUUGCAACAUAUUGGAUCAAACGGGGCGAGUUUGACCGCGCAAAAACCACUUUUGAAGCUGGCAUGGCUGCCGCUCUGACUAUUCGCGAUUUCACGCAAAUUUUCGAUGCGUAUGCUGAAUUCUCGGAGUCGCUCGUCAGUGCGCUCAUGGAAGCGCUUGCUGACCCCGACGAAGAUGACGAAGAUGAUACGAAAGAGACUGAGAAGGAACUGGAUGAACGAAUGAAGGCGUUCGAGGAGCUCAUGGAUCGUAGGCCAUUCCUCGUCAACGAUGUGCUAUUGAGGCGGAAUCCCAACGAUGUGCAGGAAUGGGAGAAGCGUAUAGCAUUAUGGGGAAAUGAUGACGAGAAGGUUGCCGAGAUGUAUACCACGGCUCUCUCAACUAUCCAUCCCAAAAAGGCUACCGCCAACCUGCACCGUCUGUUCAUCAAUUUCGCCAAGUUUUAUGAGGAAGGUGGGACAACAGGCGAAGCUGAGAGGGAUCUCGACAGCGCCCGCAAAAUCCUGGAAAAGGCCACAAAAGUUAACUUUAGGACUGUCGAAGACCUCGCAGAGGUCUGGUGUGAAUGGGCGGAAAUGGAACUUCGACAUGACAACUAUGAUGAAGCCAUCCGUGUUAUGCAGCGUGCGGCGGUAAUUCCAAAAAACCCAAAGAUUAGCUAUCAUGAUCAUUCCCUACCCGUCCAGGCUCGACUGUUCAAAUCCUUGAAGCUUUGGUCGUUCUACGUUGAUUUGGAAGAAUCAAUAGGCACUGUUGACACUACCAAAGCCGCCUACGACAAAAUCCUUGAAUUGCGCAUUGCCAACGCUCAGAUCAUUAUUAACUAUGCAGCUUUCCUUGAAGAGAACAAAUACUACGAGGAGAGUUUCAAGGUCUACGAACGCGGAGUUGAGCUAUUCACUUUCCCUGUCGCUUUUGAAAUUUGGAACAUUUAUUUGUCAAAAUUCGUCAAGCGAUACGGUGGGUCGAAGAUUGAGCGUGCUCGCGACUUGUUUGAGCAAGCUUUGGAGCAAUGCCCUCCUAAGUUCUGCAAGGCAUUGUAUUUUAUGUACGGCAAGUUGGAAGAAGAGCAUGGCUUGGCUAAACGGGCAAUGAAUAUCUACGAACGUGCUACGCAAGCCGUCACCGACGAAGACAAGUUCGAGAUGUUUACUAUCUACAUCGCCAAAGCAUCCGCGAACUUCGGUCUUCCCGCAACCCGUCCAAUCUACGAACGCGCUCUUGAGGUGCUUCCAGACAAACAAACAGCACAAAUGUGUCUCCGUUUCGCCCAACUCGAGCGCAAACUCGGUGAAAUCGACCGCGCACGUGCAAUUUACGCUCAUGCGUCGCAAUUCUGCGACCCACGUGUUCUCCCUGAGUUCUGGACAGAAUGGUACAACUUUGAGAUUGACACGGGUUCGGAGGACACCUUCCGGGAAAUGUUGCGCAUAAAACGUAGUGUGCAGGCUCAGUUCAAUACCGAGGCGUCUUUCCUUGCUGCACAGACGAUAGCUGCGCGCAAGGGCACGGCAGAUCUCGCUGCAGAGGCAGAGGAGGCAGCCGAUCCGAUGGCGCAGGCAGAGAAGCAGGCGACUGGAGGAAAGGGUACUACUUUCGUGGCGGCUGCAAAGACGGCUGUACCGACGGAAAAUGCGGGCGCGGAUGGGGAGGACGUGCAGGCACAACAGCAAAACGAAGAUGAGAUUCGAAUAUCUGACGACGAGGACCUAUAACUUACAUAUUAAUGUGCACCUUGUAAUCGGAGUCGUUUCCUUCGUCUUAUUUGUCCUGUAUUUGUCAGGGUGUUCAUCUAGAAUACCAUUUGUCCACUUCAGCGGCACAUAAAUCCUCCCAUUCAGCAACCCAUUCGUCCGCUUCAAGAAAUGGCUGAGAGACCCAUUUCGUGAGUAAUUGUCGUGAUUCUUCGAAUGGGAUAGAAUGACUUCGUAGUGCAUCGACAAUUUCGACGUGCAUUUGCAACGAGCGAUGGUAAGGCGGGACAAGGCUGGGUAUUUUGGUAGCAAACAUUUCUAAUGUCCAAGUACACCAAAGAGACUCAGAAUGGACCCAUGCCCAGCCCUUUACUUUGUGUGCCUCAAAUAAGAUCUCCUCAAGGUUAU